GACAGUCAUUCUUCCCUUCCUGAGAAUUUCUCCAUAUCAAUCUUCUCAUCAUCACAUGCGCACAUGGACUCGCAAAUGCGAAUGACAGGGCUGAGUGAAUUCUGAGUAGUGCAUGACUCGAUUCGAAGUUCUAUAAUAGUUGAAUCAGGAUUCAGGACUUGAUAGUACAUCCCGCCCAAUCAACCUCUUUGGUAAAAAGAGGGGGAGAUAUUCUCGCUGAGUAUCACAUCACCGCAAAAGUUGACACAUUCUUCUCAGCCCCUUUUCCACUGAUCGAAAUUCUGCAUACUAAAUUCUAUCUUUCCCUAGUUCACUUACACACGAGUGCACCACUGGGAUAUCUUAUGUGUUUCGGAUUGAGCAGGAAGUGAAUAAUAUUAGUGUGUAAUUUCCUAGUUCGAGGCAAUGCGGAAUUUUAGAUGACUUCGUGUAGAAUCCAAACUCCAAUUCAUAAAGCUUUAUAAUCCUGCACAGCUGUCUCUUUUCUCACACAACUAACUAUAUUUCAUCCCCACGAACCAGUCUCGGAGAGUCAAAUAAAUAUACCUGUUCGCAUCAUGGUUGAUAAAGCCCAAGAUGAGGCGGAAAAGGCCGCUUUGAACCCAUCUCCAGAAGAAGGCGCCGUUCCCAAGGAGAAAGUUGUUGAGCGAAGAGGUAUGCCAGGGAUUUGGAAGUCAGGAAGAAACUGCGUUUCGUACUUCGCUAGUCUCAGCAUCUUCACGAUCACCACUCUCCUGAUGAUUCCGGGCCUCGCUCUUGCGUGCUAUCAUCAGAGAGCACUUCAACUCCUUACGCUUACUACCAUAUCUACUGCUCCUGGUAAGACUAUUGGAGGUUUGAAUGCAACAAAUGGAAGUGGAGACAAUCUCACCUACAAGAUUUAUCUAUGGUAUUAUUGUAUCUUGGGCGUUGCUGCUGGAACUGGCAAUUUUGUGACCAUAACGGAUGUUUGUCAUCAAUCAAGACAAGCAUUGACCUAUCACAUUCUCCCUUCCCUCAAUUCAACUUUCAUACCCCCUCUUCCUGGAUACGAUGCCUCUGGUCCUAUCAUGACAAUAAAUGGUCUCUUUCAGAACUACGCAUACCCGGCUUUCGCUUCAUAUGUCGCCGCCAUUUUUCUCUUGAUAAUUUUUGCAAGUUUCUUCAACUUGUGGUUCGGUGCUACCGCCACGCCACAUAAGAAGAUACUUAUGCUCGUACUUUCCAUCUUUACAGGUUGUUUCGCUACCCUUGCAGCACUCCAAACCUAUCUCUGCUACCAAACCGUCUACGUGCUCAACCAAAUCAUGAAAUAUUCCAAAUCCACUCUAAAAAUAUCCGUCACACCCGGUUUUCUCUACCUCAUCAUCAUUCAUCUCUUCUGGAUCAUCCUUCUUCUCAACGUCCUCAUCAUUCCCAUCACAACUUGCACCAAGCGUCGCCGCGCUAAGCGACAACUUCAAGCCCUAGAAGCCGAUGCACAAGAGCUCAAAGAAAAAGAGACUCUAGGCGGCGACACGAAUGUACGUAGUAGUCCAGCGAAGUCUGCUGAUUCAGAUUCUAGUGACGAUGAUCACGAUAUGUCUCCUCGUGGUGUGCCUCAGUAUGGUAUGCCUCCUUAUGGUAUGUCCGCAUAUCCUCAUCCCGGUAUGCAAAAUGAAGGAUACUAUGGUCAUGGCUAUGAUAUGCCGAUGCCUAUGCAACCACAGUCUGGAGAGCGCAAGAACAAGGGGAAGCGAGAGCAAGGAAGAGACAGCGAACGACGACAACUCAGAGAAUCUGAUGUUUGAAAAUUGCAUAUCUGCAAUAUCAUGAUUUUUUAUACCAUUUUAGUUGAAUUCCUAGAUUUAGGAUGACUUGGAGGAGUUGGGCGGGCCAAAUAAAUUUCACAACUUUCA